AAGUAGUGAGGAAGUUGUGGUGCGUGGAGGGGAGAAAAUAAGUUGAGAGGUACGGAGAACUGGCCAAUGGCCAAGUUGCUGAUGAUGUCAGAACUCUCCGGAGAUGUACUAACGCACAGAUCUCGACGUUGCUUCAGUGUGUACAGUCUGUCUUCCCUGCAACAUGGUGACUUGAAAAUGAACGAAGCGGAAGUUUUAGCGAAAAAGUAUUCUGUUGAUGAUCAUCAGAAUGAGGAUUCGGAUUUAGGGAGUAAUUCUAGCAUGGAAAGCUCACGGCCAGUCCAACACAACACGGUGCGAGGAUUGGUUUUGUUAGCGGCUCUGGCGGUUCUGGUUGCUGUGGUCUUUGCCUUUCCUCAGCGAGAGGAAAAUAACUCCGGAUGUAGUGAUGACCACUUCUGUGAUGACCAAAAUCUUUGUGCCCAUGCCUGCUCACAGUGUCCAGCUGACGUUCAUGUCAUUGUUUACCUUUAUUAUACGUGUAAGUUAACGAAGAUGCUUAGGUUCGUGUUGUUAGUAUCCGUUGCCGCCACUGCUACGGCCUUUCCUCAGAGAUUUGAAGAUGAUUCUGGAUGUGACGACGAUAAAUCCUGUAACAGUAAUAACUUAUGUGUCAACCCAUGCUUUUACAAAUGCAUGGAUGUUGGCUGCGAAGUGAAAAAACAUGUGGCAAAAUGUAUUUAUGAUGGCCAUCUGUUUUGGGAACCUUACGUGCAAGCAACCACUCCUCCUGCCGAAGGAAGUACUUCAGAGCUACAUGUGCAGCCAACAAGCCCUGAAAAUGAAGAAAGUUCUCCACAGAGAAAAUAAAUUGUUAUCUUCUAACAGAUUACCAAUGAUACUUUAUGAACAAAAGUAAUUUAUGAAUAAACAUUUUUAAUAAUAUUGGAUCUCAUAAAUGAAUUGAAGUA